GUGAGCGCCGUGCACGAGCCGCACGAUGCCUUCACCGAUUCCUGUCACUCGUCUGCUACCCAAAGAAGACAUGUGUCCUUCGGUGGACAUCAGGACUUGCAGCAGUCCCUUGUCCAAACAAGUCUUCGGCUCCACUUUACAUGUGCCAUUGCGGCGACUCCAAGGUCGAGUUGCGAGUCGGCUGUGGUCGUCCGUCAUCCUGUGGAAGGAGUUGCAUUGUUUGCAGCCUGUCGGUUCCGGGGGAUUCGGUUCAGUCUACAAGGCAACAUAUCUCGGUGGAACGGUUGCACUGAAAAAAGUAAAGAAGUGUACCAAGAACAAAUUGGCUUCUCGUCAGAGCUUCUGGGCAGAGCUGAACGCCGCACACCUUCGUCAUCCGAACAUCGUGCGCGUCAUUGCAGCGACCACAUGUGUGCCAGUGUACCUAGAAGACGACAGCAGCAUUGGAACCAUCCUCAUGGAGUUUGUGGGCAGCGGGAACAUGCAGCAAAUCAUUGACGCAUGCGUGGAGCCGCUGGAGGCGGACAGGUGGCUCAGGUAUUCUUUGGACAUCGUUCACGGGCUACACUUCUUGCACUCCCAUAGGAUUGUCCACCUGGACAUCAAACCAGCCAACGUCCUACGGUCCAGUCAGGACGUCUGCAAGAUCGCCGAUUUUGGCUGCUCUGUCCAACUGGACGGUGACGUUUCCGACGCGACGUGUCUGCGGCACGCAGGAGGCACGUACACGCACCGAGCGCCAGAGCUAUUGAAGGGUGAAGGCGUGUCUGCUAAGUGUGACAUCUUCUCCUUUGGGAUCACCAUGUGGCAGAUGAUCACCUCACAGCAGCCUUACCUGGGCGACAGGCAGCACGUGCUCUACGCUGUCGUGGCAAACAACCUUCGGCCGUCCGUUGAAGACCAGGCUGUCUUCCGCUCUCAUCGAGGACGACUCUGCAAGAACCUACUGAGCAGAUGCUGGACUGGAGAAGUUCGCUGCCGGCCCAGCGCACAAGAGGUGCUAACUCAACUGGAAACUCUGAGAUGAUCAUGCCAGCUAUGAAGGACACUCGGGGAAGCACGUCAGCAGCCGGGCAUGUCGCGUUCAUCAUUUCUUAUACAACAGGUACCAGAAGCUUCAAAGGCUUUGAGAGGAACAUCCUCACACUAUUUACACACGCCCUGCCUUUGUGGAUGAUUGUGAAACUUUGUGUCGUUAUUGUCCCACUUUUACCAAGUUUCGUCAGCACAUGGUGAUACUGUGGUGCUACUGCAAGUAGGGGGGGGGUUAGAACCAUUUGACGCUUUUAAUAUUUUGUGAAUGUAAGUAAUAAGUUGUUAUGACAUUUGACUUUCAUUAAAUGACACCGUUCGUAUUUUGCUGACGUUUCUUUUGAACAAACCUAACCCGAAGGCGUCUCUGACCACUACCAAAUAUUCAUACAACCGUGUGGGCAGCACUGGAGGCAAGGUAGGUGAAGUGACAGCGUGGUGGGAGCGAAGAUCGAAUUGCCAGCCUUCCAAUUUCUGGACGACCUGCGCUCCCUCCUGAGCCACUGCCGCCAUUGAAAUGUAAAUACACACA